AUGGAACUUGCAAUGGAGAAUUUAGGGAACCUUCACAGUGUGUCCCAUUCCCAAGCUGGGGAGCUGAUGAGCUCCUCACACGGCAGACAGGCCUCCCACAGGAAUCUGGUGUCCCAUGGCCGACCUGCCAUGGUGACCAGCAUGGCUUCCAUCCUGGAUGGAGGGGAGUACAGACCUGAGCACAGCCUGGCUGGACCCCUGCACCCAGCCAUGAACAUGUCCUGUGAAUCCCCGUCUGGAAUGAGCCUCAGCAGCACCUACACCACACUGACACCCCUACAGCACCUGCCCCCCAUCUCCACCGUGUCUGACAAAUUCCACCACCCUCACCACCACCAUCACCACCAUCACCACCACCAGAGACUGGCUGGCAAUGUCAGUGGGAGCUUCACCUUGAUGAGGGAUGAGAGGGGCUUGGCAUCCAUGGGGAACCUCUACAGUCACUACCCAAAGGACAUGGCGACCAUGGGGCAACCCCUAUCUCCUCUUUCCAAUGGCCUGGGCUCCUUGCACAACUCCCAGCAAUCGUUGGGUCCAUAUGGUCCUGGAGGACAUUUAUCCAACGACAAGAUGUUGUCUCCCAAUGGCUUUGACUCCCACGCUGCCAUGCUGUCCAGGAAUGAGGACCACUUGUCCAGGAGCUUGGGAGGUCCAGGAGCUGGCAUGAUGCCCACUUUGAAUGGAAUGCAUCCACACGGGCAUCACCAUGCUUCGGCCAAUGGCUCCAUCCUCGGUGACAGGGAGAGGCAGGCUUCUGCUUCUGGUUCUCAAGCUGGUGGGAAUGGUCAGGUGGAGGAGAUUAACACCAAAGAAGUGGCCCAGAGGAUCACAGCCGAACUGAAGAGGUACAGCAUACCCCAAGCAAUUUUUGCUCAGAGGAUCUUGUGCAGGUCUCAGGGAACCCUGUCUGACCUCCUGAGGAACCCCAAACCUUGGAGUAAGCUUAAGUCUGGCCGGGAGACCUUCAGAAGGAUGUGGAAGUGGCUCCAGGAACCAGAAUUCCAGAGAAUGUCUGCUCUGAGACUGGCAGCUUGUAAACGCAAAGAACAAGAACAGCAAAAGGACCGCAACCUUCAGCCAAAGAAGCAAAGGCUGGUCUUCACAGACCUUCAACGACGCACCCUGAUUGCCAUUUUUAAGGAAAACAAGCGUCCUUCCAAGGAAAUGCAAAUAACUAUCUCUCAACAACUCGGCCUGGAGCUUAACACAGUCAGCAACUUCUUCAUGAACGCACGGCGGCGGUGUAUGAACCGAUGGCAAGAAGAGCCAGGAGUAAAUCCAGGAAUACCUUCAGCAUCUACAAGCACUUUCUCCAAAGCAUGACUUGUUUCCAACUCCUUACAUCCUUGAAGAAAUCCCCAGUAACAACCAUUAUAGCAAACAAAAACAAUGAUCAUAAAAACAAAUCAAAAACACACAUUAAAGAGAAACAAACUACAGAAUAGGGCAGUUUUAAGCAGGUGCUUGAAUACCUGC